AUGAAGAUGAACUUCUCAGGGAGGGUUUGGGAAGCAAUACUGUGGGCAAAAAACGUAAAACUCUAUAUUCCAGGACCGCCAAGGUUCCUAUUGGCUGGAUCGGUGCGUCCCCCCUUGAGAGCCAGAGGAGGUCAUAGUCCCAGCCCCACAAGAAUCUCGAUUUACCACCCCCUUCGAACCCUUCUCUUCGGUAAGGCCAAACUAAUAGAUCGCCACUGUGGCUCAGAAUUUACUACCGUGCGUGUGCAGCACAAGAAAUGGGCUGGUGUAGGGUCGGCACGUUUACGAAAUCAAGUCAAAGUCUUAGCUACCCUUCCUACCGCCAUCGGAGUACUCUACUCCACGCCUAGAGACAUUCAGGAGACCUUGCCAUCCAUACCUGAGUCACUCCGUUCCUGCGUUUACUCGAACGCUCCACUAUUCAUCCCUGGAGUCUUCGUCACCAGAAUCAAGUUCUCUUAG